AGUGUUGACAGAAGAGCAGCAUGAGACUCCUCUCUGCUCGGAUCGUGCAAGCAUGGGGAUAUCUGGAGGACUGACAGCUCACUCAGAGAAAAGAAACAUGUGGAGGACCCUAACGCUGUCAAUGAUUGUUGCACUGGCAUUAGGCACAGAGGUGUCCCAGUCUGAAGAUGUGGGGUCCAUGGUGGCUGUCGUGAAGUCGGCGGAGGAGCAGCAGGAGAAUUUCGGCAACAUGUCCACCGUACUGGGAAGUUCCCGACACCAGAUCCUGGCUGCUCAGUUUGAGUGCUACCUGAAGAUAAUCCAUGAUCCUCCACGCACAGAGGAAGGUUCUUACUGUAACCGUACGUGGGACGGCUGGCUGUGCUGGGGGGACACGGCUCCAGGGACCGUCAUGCAGAUGUGUCCUGAAUACUUUUUUGACUUUGACCCUGCUGAAAAGGUUACCAAAGUGUGUAAUCCUGAUGGCCAGUGGUUCCACCACCCAGAGAGCAACAGAGUCUGGACAAACUACACCCAGUGUCAGACCUACACCAAAGACAAACGCAAGUUUGCCAUCAGUCUCUACUACCUGGCUAUGGUGGGUCAUGGCCUGUCCAUUGUGUCCCUGAUCAUCUGUCUGAUCAUCUUCUCCUACUUCAAGAGUCUCAGCUGCCAGAGAAUCUCCCUCCACAAGAACAUGUUUCUGUCCUUCAUCCUGAACUCCAUUGUUACUAUAAUGUGGCUCUCACUCACUGUGGCAGAUAACCAAGCCAUAAAUGCCAGUAACCCUGUGAGCUGUAAGGUCCUGGCUGUGCUGACUCAAUAUACGUCCACUUCCAACUACUUCUGGAUGCUGUGCGAAGGCAUCUACCUCCACACCCUCAUCAUCGUGGCCGUGUUUGUCGGGGAACAGCAGCUCUUCUGGUAUUAUGUCCUGGGAUGGGGGUUUCCCAUUGUUCCUGCCAUCACGUACGCUGUGGCUCGUGGCCUCUACUUUAACGACAAGUGUUGGAUCAGUUCACAGACACACCUGCACUAUAUCAUUCAUGGGCCCAUUCAAGCUGCACUGCUGGUGAACUUCUUCUUCCUCCUGAACAUCGUGCGGGUCCUGAUCACCAAGCUGAAAGACACCCACUGCGCUGAGUCCACAGCCUACAUGAAGGCGGUGAGAGCCACCCUCAUCCUCAUCCCUCUGCUGGGAGUCCAGUUCAUCCUUUUCCCCUGGAGGCCCGAGGGACGCAUCAGCCGGGCCAUCUAUGAUUUCUUUGGAAAUAUAUUCUGCCACUUUCAGGGACUCCUGGUGGCCAUUAUAUUUUGUUUCUGCAAUGCUGAGGCCCAAACAGCGCUGCAGAGGAAGUGGGCUCAGUGGAAGUCUGCCUGGGGUAAAGCCGGCUGGGGAGAAACCCCCAUGACCAACAACCACUUUAACUACCACAGCUCCUCCAUUACCGAAACCAGCCGUGCCACCAUCAGUUUAGAGCAGCCCGCUGCUGCGCCUUCUGGACAAAACGAAAACAGCAACUUCCUGUCCAAGGUGCAGCAGAACGCCAACGGGCAGCAGAACAGCAAGACGUGCAGCAACGGGGAGGCGGACGUUAUCAACAAGCUGGAGACCACCAACAUCUGACCAGAGAGAGCGCAGAGGGGACGGUUGUGGUACCAAAGACACACACUCACUUAUACUGUAUGAAGAAUGCAGAUACUCAAACAACUGAGAGAUCGCAGGUGAAUUUUCAAAAUAAAGGUUACCUGCAGUGUAUGCACUGUAUGUACAAAAUGAGUGAAAAGCACUUGAAAUGCAUGUGAUGUUCACACACACACACAUUUAUAUUAUUGUGUCAUCCUGUAAUCCUAGUAAUGUUUUUUUUUGUGUACACGUGUUCUGUUGGUGGGAUGAAGUCCAUUUAUGUAUUUAAGUAUUUUUUCUAGUUUUUAUAAUGUUGCUAAAAAGGGUGCAAAUCCCAAACCUGCCGUUUUGAAAUCACAGAUGCAGAGCUGUGUUUGUGUGAUGCGUCGCCUUAUGGAGCCUCUGAUUGCUUCGCACCACGGUGACCAAUGAAUGUCAUAGCCCACUGAUGUGAUCUACAUGCUCCUUUAAAUGCUGUUAUCUAAAACAGAUCAUCUGAGCGUCACUGGCCUGCGGAAAGGCAGCCUUUGAUUUAAGCUGUCUGAAAAAACAAGAUAAAACAACAAUCGCGGUUGAGAUUUCCUGAUGGCAUCUAACAAAAAUAAUAUUUGCUCUCAGUCAGAGGAAGUGUAUUGUGGCCAGAGAAGUUUUGAACAAGCACAUUUCUGGACUAAUUUGCAACUUAAUGUUUGAUCAAAACUGAGUAAAGACCUGAAUCUGACUUUUGACAUCUGUUUUACCAUAUAGAAAUGUAGAAUACUAUAUAGAAAUGUAAAAUUACUGGUAAAACAGGGUACUGAACCAGUGAACUGAAACCCAAAGUGUACUAAGUGCACUAGGGUUUGAUAAUGUGUGGGCUCUUGUUUAGAAGUCUUGUCUGUCACAGAAAGAUAAAGUAAGACAGCUGUAUCACGUUAAAGCAAGCUGGGGAAAUAGACCCAACUAGCUUUAGCUGAAGCUAAACCUGUGCCUAUUUAGGUCUACUGAUUUACCCAGCUGUUAUCUGUAAUUGAAAAAUACCAAUUUUGCUGACAUCUGGUAAUUCAGUUUAUGAUUCCUUAUAACUAAACGAGACAGUAAUGAUGAAGAAAAAAAUUAACCCAGCUGAAGUCCGAGUAAAACAGAUUGGCCACUGAUGGAUUGUAAAUAAUUCAAAUGAAGCUUAUUCCUUAAACCGAGUAGUGGACAAAAUGGGCGAGGAAGCUGAGGAGAAAGAAAGCAUUUGUUGGUAGCUCAUUUCCCCCUGCACUGGCUGAAGAUCAUCCAAAAGCGGGAAGACAUUGCAACCUGUCUAUCUGCCAGCCAACCUGAAAGCUUGUAAACAUCACUGUCUGUGCAGCUUCUGCAGUUGUAUGUUGAAAACGCAAGUUUUACUUCAAGUUUUGGUUGGUAAAACUAGUUAGACACUGGACACAGAACUGAAGAAACACUUAAUCCCCUCAUUAUUGCUGUUAGGUUAGUCUGUUAAAGCUAGCUGCUUGCACAAACCUUCAGUUUGCCACAGUGAUUGUCUACUUUCAUGCCAGAGAAAUGAUCUUGUGUGAAUGUAGAAUGUGUUACGUUGAAAGAGCUUCUGACUUUCAUGGUUCAUACUGUAAGUUGAGUGGGAUAAAACUGUGGCAAUCCGUGAAAUUUCUCCAUCGUACAACAUGCUGGCUACACAACAGCUGAACGUGUGUGUGGAGUGGAGCUAAAUAGGAGCCUCAUCUGAUCCGAGCUGAUUUACUUCCUGGAACGAGAUUAUGUGCUGAACAUUAUGAGUUACAACUCCGAUAAUUCAUACUGGGAGUGCAGAGUUGAGUACCGGGGAAUUACUGGUGCAGAGAUAAUGCAACUGUGGGGCGCUGCAAUAAGUUCGCCCCCCCCCCGGCUGAAUCUAAGCCAUUCUCUUCACUCACUCCAUUAAAAACGGCGAUUGGGCCAACAAACAGCACACGUUCGGCAAUACAUGUAAAAACAUGACGUUGUAGGUGUGCUGCAUGUAAGGAGUGUGUGCACACGUGCUUUUCACAGAUAGCCCUCCCAACUUGGUCACAAUUGGUGGGAAAAAUGACGCGUCUUUAAUUUCCUACAAUCUUCUUCAUUCUUCUAUGAGGACACACAUUUUUAUUGUAAUGAGAUGGGAAAUCUGAUGAAAACAAGGAUGAGGCAGAGCUACACAUUUCGAGUUUUAUUUUGAAAUGUUGGUGUCAAAUAAAGCUUUUGCAGACGGAGCUUCACUGUGCCAAGUUAGUGCAUAAAUUGUUAGAAAUAAGUGUUUUUUCUAUCUUUUAUUAAAACUCCACUUCAGUCGCCAUGGGAAGGAGACAGUUUCAAAGACGGGUCAUGUUUUUAUUAUUAUAGUGUUCCUAUUGCUUUGUAAUAUUCUGUGUUAUUAUUGUUUGGGCUGUUAAAAUAGGCUGUUUCACUACUUGUCAUGGUUUGUAUUAUAGUUAAAAUAUAUUUUUUUCAAACCCACAAAUACAAUUUUCUGCCACUUCACAGAGGUGUAACUGAAUCAUUUCUCCAUUGCACAUGUACCAUGCUGUACGGUGUACACUGCGAGGCUCCAGCUCCAGCAUCUUUUCAGUUUCCAGUGGUGCUGAGCAAGUCUUACGUUUGAAAGUGAGCUAGUAGCAGAUGCGUUUGGUGUUUAAAAUGUACUAGGAAUACAAUUGUUCCAGUGUGGACACAGCAGGGUACACUGAUGCACGGGGAAUAAGACUUAAUUGUGGUGAGAAAGCAGCGGUGAGUUUGGGAUGGCUCAGUUAAAGAGCAGCGGUCCUCAAUUCAUUCUGCACAGGGAUCCCACCCCUCACACUUCUGCCCAAUAGAGCAACAGCUGACAUAUUUGUAAAAUAAUUUGAAAAACAUUCCAAUAGCAUAUCAAAGAAAUGUUCAAUUGAAGCAUACUACUGUGUGUGUGUAUACACACACACACACACCCUGCCAUAUAUACACUGCCAUUUGCGUGUGGAAAUAAAG